GCUGCCUCGGCUCCGCGUCGUUGGUUCAACGAACCGAGCAGCCGCCCAGCUUGUAUAUUACCCGCGCUCCCCGUUCUUCGGCAGCCCUUCCCUUCUUUAUUCAUGGACUAGUAGUAGCUAAUCUAUCUGCUGGUCUCCCUUCAGCUGCCGACGAUCGGAGGGAUCAUCAGCUGGCUGUCCGAAAUCCCGAACGAGCUUUGCGGGCGGUAGCUCUGCCUCUGAGGCUCAUCUCGAUCCCGUGUCCAAAAAAAAGGCAGCAUCAUCCAUGGACCGGAGGCCGCCGGCGAGGAGGAGACCAGGCGAUCCCCACCGCAGGGGCGCAGCAAUGCACGGCGCCGUCGAGCAGCAGAAGCAGCACCGCGGGCGGCGGCCGCAGGGAACGGUGCCGCCGCCGCCCGCGGGCUACUUCACCGCGGAGCUGCUGCUGGCGUUCGUGUUCGUGGCCGUGUCGCUGGCGUUCCUCCCGCUCGUGCUGCCGCCGCUCUCGCCGCCGCCGUUCCUGCUGCUGCUGGUGCCCGUGGGCCUGCUGGCCGUGCUCCUCGCGCUCGCCUUCGUGCCGCUCGACGCGCACAGCCACCUCGUCGUCGUCGGCUCCGGCUCGUCCCGCUGACGAGGCGGAGAGGGUUUAGGCCGCCGCCGCCGCCGCCGUACAUAGAAAUGAUGUCUAGAAUGAGUCGGAUUUAGUUGCUGUUUUGGUUGAUUCAGGAUGUAUUUUGCUGUAAACUGUUCAGAUCGGCUGGAUUGUAACGAUCAUGGAACUUG